AUGUCUCUUGAAGUUUUAGCCUCUCAAUCUCAAAAGCCAGAUACUAGACCUUCAGCAAAUUACACUCCAAGCAUUUGGGGUGAUCAGUUUCUCACUUAUGCUACCGAGGAAGUGGAUUUCACUCUCAAGCAACAAGUCCUAGAAUUUGAGAGAGAAGUGAAGAUGAUGCUACUGGAUCCGGUUAAAGAGCCUUCACAAAAAUUAAAAUUGGUUGAUGACAUCCAGCGCCUUGGAGUGUCCUAUCAUUUCGAAGAUGAGAUUGAUGAAGUUCUGAAACAAAUGUACCAUGCCACUUAUGGUAGUGGUGUGGAAAAUGAUGAUGAUGAUCUUUAUACCACUGCUCAGCGUUUUCGGUUGUUUAGACAGCAAGGUUAUAAUGUGUCAUGCGAUAUAUUCAACAAGUUCAAGGAAGAAAAUGAUAAAACAUUUAAGGAAUCGCUUCUGAGUGAUGUAUCAGGACUGUUAAGCUUGUACGAAGCCGCACAUAUUAGGAUACACGGAGAAGACAUACUAGAAGAGGCACUGGCCUUCACCACCGCUCAUCUUGAGUCAAUCAAACACAGUUUAAGCCCUCCACUUUCAGAGCAAGUAUCUCAUUCCUUGAAUCAGUCACUUCGAAAGGGCCUAACCAGGGUGGAAGCAAGAUAUUACUUGGAGAUCUACCAAGAAUGCAAUUCACAUAACAAAACUCUCCUGAUGUUUGCCAAGUUGGAUUUCAAGCUGUUGCAGAAGAUCCAUCAAAAGGAACUUUGUGAAAUUACAAGGUGGUGGAAGGACUUGGACGUAAGAAACGAGCUGCCGUUUACUAGAGAUAGAGUUACUGAGGUUUACUUCUGCUGGGCUUUAUCAAUUUGCUUUGAACCUGAAUAUGCCUUUGCUAGGAGGACAUUAUGCAAAGUUACAGCCCUGACAUCCAUUCUCGAUGACAUCUACGAUGUGUAUGGCACACUCGAAGAACUAGAGCUCUUUACUGAAGCUAUUGAGAGGUGGGAUAUUUGUGCCAUGGAUGCAUUGCCAAACUAUAUGAAAGUUUGUUAUAAGGCACUGCUGGAUGUGUACACUGAAGUUGAAGUAGAGCUUGCGAAGGAGGGAAAGUUGUAUCGAAUCCACUAUGCCAGAGAAGCUAUGAAAAUGCAAGCUAAGAGUUACUAUCUUGAAGCAAAAUGGUUCCACGAGAAAUACACACCGACAGUGGAUGAAUAUAUUGCCUUAUCAUCUCUGACCUCGGGCUAUCCACUGCUUAUAACCACCACUUUUGUAACAAUGGGAGAUAUUGCUACACAAGACACACUUGACUGGUUGGCCACUUAUCCCAAACCUGUGAAAGGUUCUGCAGUAGUUGCCCGACUUAUGGAUGACUUAGUUUCCCACAAAUUUGAGCAACAACGAGGACAUGUUGCAUCAGCUGUGGAGUGUUACGUGAAAGAGUUUGGUGCUACAGAAGAAGAAGCAAUAAUCGAAUUGCGUAGUAAAGUCAGUGAUGCAUGGAAGGACAUAAACGAAUCCUUCCUCCUCCCUAAGGCUGUUUCAAGGCCACUACUGACUAGAAUUCUCAACUUUGCAUGUGUCAUGGAUGUUGUGUAUAAGUACAAAGAUGGUUACACUACUCAGCAUGGUAUGCUCAAGGAUCUUAUAGCUUCUGCACUUAUCCAACAGGUGCCUGCCGUAUAAUAUUGCUUCAAGUUACAAUCAUUUUGUUUCCUAGAAAUAUUAUUAUGGUAUCCCGUCGUUUUUUUAUGAUUAGUUUGCUACAUGUACUAGUGUACUACGAAAUUGGAAUAAGUGCAAAUUCAAAAUAAAGUGUGAGAUUACAGAAGCUGGCUGAGGAUUUAUACGGACACUUGCCUGUAG